AUGUCUGAUCAAGAUGACCAGUUUGACUCAUCAGAAGAAAGUGAUGAUGCUUAUAACACCGUCAAUGUUCCAGCUCCUUCAGAACAAGAGUCAGAUACAAUAACCGAUGAGCAUGAAUCUGAGCUAGAUCAGUUCAGUGAGAGCCAUGAAACACUUGAGCAAAGUGAGUGCAGCACAUCAAGAUCAGAAUCAAAUGAUGAAGAACAACUCACAGAAGAAGUUGUGUUCCCUGAAGAAGCUGAAGAAGUCUUACAGACUCUGGAACAUGGUAAAAUGCAGCAUGCAGGGAAGCCAGAGGAGCACAUUCCAAGUGAUGGCAAUCUGGUAUUUCUGGAUAAAAUUAAGUCUAUAAAGGAGUCUUUGCAAACAUCAACAAGAGAGAGUUUGGCAACAGUGAAAGUUGUACUUAUUCCUGUGGGCCAGGAAAUUAUCAUUUCUUUUAAAGUUGAUACCAUGUUUAGACACCUCAAGGAUCAUUUUUCAAGCUUAUUAGGUAUCCCAUCUCAUGCACUGCAAAUGAUACAUGCAGGAACAAUUCUUAAAAAUAAUGAGACUCUAAUACAGCAUGGAGUUAUGCCUCAGGGAGUUGUACAAGUGGAACUGUUUUCUGCAUAUCCAGAUCUACAUCCAAUCAAAAGAAUAGAUGGAUUAAGUGAUGCCCCUCAAGUCAUAAAUGUCACCAUACAAACUGGCAUCAAUAAGUACCAGAAUGUUGCUGUUGAGAUUAUAAAAUCUGACUUUCACAAGCCAUUUCUUGGUGGAUUUAGACAUAAAAUAACUGGAACAGAAUAUCACAAUGCUGGAACACAAACUGUACCUAAAAAGAUUCCUGAAAAAUCCAAUGCAUUUUGUAGGGAUACACAGACAGUUUUACAGAGGAAAAAAUUCCAACAGACUUCAAAUACAACAUCCACACAAAUGACUAAAAUUGGUGUGUAUGUAUCAAACAUGACUGAUAAACUGAUAGAACCAGGAAUAUAUUUUACAGCAGAAGAAUACCAUGCUCAAAGAUUAAAGGCGACAAUAGUAAUACAGACUUACUAUAGACAAUGGCAUGCUAAAGUCUACGUAGAGAGUUUAAGAAGACAGAAAAAGUUGAGGUUGGAGUGGGAAGCAGAGGAAGAAAGAAGGAAGAUCAGAGAAAAAGAAGAAUGGAUACAAUUGGACUAUUAUCGGAGGCAUAAUCCUAAAACAAAUGAAGACUUUGAACUUCUUUACAAUGCACUAGAAC